UCACCUAGCUCAUCCAAUCACGCCAUCUCAUAUUUUUUUGGUUAGAAUUUUCAAAUAUCAUCUACGAAGCUAAAUGUAAGGCCACGCAUCCCGCGUCUCAGAGUUCAGUCUACAGCCCAGAUGGCCCAUUCGCGCAAGAGGGAAGGUAUUUCAGCGCGAUAAUUCGCCUGUUUGGACGUUGGCUCUGUAUCAGGGUUGAAUAGAAAUUGAAUCGGACAUUGUUGUGACAGUGGAGGAUCAUGGAGGAUCACCGGUUUCGUGCCAGGUUGAGACUUGUGUAGGUCAAGCCCAUGUGUGAUGUAGGUGUAGGAGGAGAGAUCUGUGCCCCCCCUCCCCAACAUCUUUCGAUCAGACUUUUCCACACGCCCAGACAAAGGCUUGGAUCAUUUUAGCUACAAUGGCUGACUCCUCACUAAGUGACCAGCUCUGCAAGGCCUCUGCCACAGGAAACCUCCGCGUUGUGCUUUUAAUACUGGAAAAUGGAGCAGAUGUCAAUGGAUUUAACAAGUUUAAAAGAACUGCACUGCAGGUGGUGAUGCUGGGACACGCCGCCGUGGCUGACGCCCUUCUCAGGAACGGGGCAGACCCCAACGUACGAGACCCGCUCCUCGGCCUCUGCGUGAUUCACGACGCCGCGCGUGAAGGAUUCGUGGAUACCGUGCGCGUGCUCAUAGGCCACGGAGCGGACGUGAACGUCGCCGACGCGAGGGGCAACCUGCCGCUGCACCUGGCCGCCAGGGAGGGGCACGUGGAGGUGGUCGAGGCGCUGCUCGGCCUCACGGCGGAGCCGCGCGCGGUCAACGGCGAGGGCGUCACCGCCGCGCAGCUGGCGCGCUCGUGCGGGAAGGAGGACGCGGCCUCCUGUAUCGAGAUGUAUCUAACCUCACGUGAGUAGACUAGAGUCUGGCCUUAAUUGUGUUAUUCUCAAUUACUCAACACAACAGCAUGUUCUAAAGGAAGAUCCCUCGUUCGUUCUUGACACGUGAAGCAACGUGAACCCGUCUUGGUGGCGCGCGCAGAUGCGGGGCUCCUCAGAUAAUGAUGCGGCGCUGCUGUCCUUCCUGUGGAUGCACGUGAGGUGGCCCUCGUGUGAAAUAAAUACAUAACUAUGCAGCUAUUGCCAAUCAUGCAUCGGUGACUUUUGGAUUCGGUUUUAUGGGUUUAAGGUCGGUUGAGCUGUUCUCGACUGUCACGCGGCCUUGCAGUGGCCCAGAUUAUGAGCGAAUAUAAAGGCAUAAUCCGUGGCGGCAUUUGGCUAAACGAACUCUGGUCUGUGGCGUAUAAACUGGACCGGUUCCGACUUUAUGAUUUAGUGGAAAGUAAAUACUAAACUACAAGUUUGUUCUUGUACUACAUUCAAGUAUAUGUUGCUUUUGCUUCUGCUACCUAAUCGCAUUGCUGUGAAGGACAGUGUAAUAAUUGUAUGUUUUUUAAUAUACAUUUUUAGCUCUUUGUGUGUUAUUACUGUUCAAUAAAAUAAGUGAGUAGAUUUGAUUUGAAGCGCAUUUUGCCAAGUGGGUAAAGUAUUCAUGAAUAUUCGGCAAUAAAAAAAUAACUAAAGUAAGUAUGUUAUCAUUACUAAGCCCUGAUAUUUAUUAAACUGUUGGAGGUUUUUACUGUUAUAAGCUUCUGUAUUAAAAUGAAGCUUCUCAAUGACAACAUGAGUUGUAUAAGUUUACUCACAAAACGAUAAGGUACCAGCCUUUAGAAGCAGUUAUUUAUAGUAGUUUAGUAGUAAUAGUAGCUUACUCUCGUUUACUGAUUAUUUAUUAUAACGUGCAUCCUCAGCACUGUUUAAUACACUUGUAGUUUUUAAACCAAGCUGGUCAAAUAGCAUUUUAACACGUAUUGUGUUAUGUUAUAGGAGAAUUGAGGAGCAUAAAUUGUAAGAAAUACUGGUAGCGCUGCCAGAGGAAAGAAGAGUCGUCAUGUUUUCUCAUUGUGGUUAAUUUUUAAAGACACAGCAGAUAGUGAAAAGCAUAAGAACAACAAAUACAAGCACUUUGUUUCCCAGAACCAGGAGGUUUUACUUCUGCACUGACUUGUCCUCGUCCGCUGCUCUGGCGCGGGGAGUUGAGUCUCAGGCCGUUUUAACAGUUAUCUUCAGCUAAAUCAAUUAAACCAAAUCACCUGACGUUUCAACCCAUCAUGUUCCAUAUUCUGUUUAAGUGGCACAACGAAAACAUAAGCGUGCAUGUACUGCACGCGCUCCAGUCUGGAUGUAGCGCCAGGGAGCUUAUAGGGAAAUAAGCCUGUACAGUCGUUACAGCAGGAGCUGCUCUUUCUCGGCCUAACAACCACGUACACCGAAAGUGAAAGCUUCCGUCGCUUAAUCCUGCUUCUUAGUUGACUGUUUAUUUCUGUGAAGGCCGUUCAUAAACUUUGCGGUCACAGUAUGUUUGUGUUUGUCAGAUGACAAAGCAGCUUUUUUCCAACGCCCACUAUUAGAUUUGUUUUCAGGAAAUAUUUGCUUCUUCAACUUUUAUUAAGGCAUUUAGACAGAUGAUCACUCCAGAGUCCGUUACAUGCUGAUCCCAUUGCACCGUUGUUUGUUGUUUAUGUAUUUAUUUAUUACUUUAACUUUCUAUGUAGUUUAAUAACCACACAACACGGGCUUGGGUUCUUCUCAAAUCCUAUGUUAACGUACAACAUCAAAUAUCUCGUGUAUUUGAUUAGUCUUAGUGUUUGCUAAGCCUUUAGUGCCGCCCUGCUGAGCCAGAAAAACGAGUUUAUAAUGCUCACACAUUAAACCCCCUUUUGGUUACAGACGCUUUAUUUUAAACUUCAAAAAUGCUCGGAUGAAACUUUGCGUGCGUUCACAACGUUUUGACAAAUUGUACUGUUUCGUCUCAGAGGAUGACACUUAUUAAAUAGAACCUCCUUAACGAACGCGUAAAUUAACAACUUAGAUGUGUAUGAAUGAAUGAAUGAAUGUAAUGCAUAUUUAUUUGCACUGACGCGUCCUCCUCUGCCAUCACCUGUGUCCUAAUACGCUUGUUGUCUGAAUUACUUAAUGCCCAUUGGAUUUGAACAUGCAGUCAUCAUUUUGGAGUUGUUUGUCUUCCAUUUCAUUUGUACCCGGUUUUGUUUUGUUGUUUUUUUUUGUUUUGGACCGAUUUGGUGUGUUUAAAACAUAAUCGACACACUGUAAAACCGCAUACGUUUGCGCUACCUGAGGCAACACUGCAAAUAAAUAAUGUCGGGCUCCGCCUCUUCUGGGGGGAAACUGUAAUGUCUACAUUGUUAUUAUUAUUAAAAUUAUUAUUGUUGUUGUUAAAAAAA